AGUUCUAGUUUUUUAAGUAAAAAAAAAAACAAAUGUGAAUUAUUAUGAAUCCGUUAGCUUAAAAGUGACUUUGCAAAACUUGAAAUUUCUCCAUUAGCAAUUUAAUGUGGUAUAUUUAAGAGAUGCAUAAAAAUGUUCUUGCAUUAUUUUUGGGUUCUAACGUAUAAAUUGGAUCGAUGCAAUCAGAAUGUCAUCAUUCAGUUAUCUCAACGACAACUAAAAAUCAAUCUCAAAAUGAAAUUCGUUAUUGUUUUCUCUGCUCUCUUCGCUGUUGCCAUGUGCGCUUCCGUCCCACAGGAUUCAGCUCACGCUGAAGUCCUCCGUUAUGACAACGACAACAUUGGAGUUGAAGGAUACAAAUACGCUCUUGAGACCAGCGAUGGCAAGUCUGUUAGCGAAGAAGGAGUCUUGAACAAUCUUGGCAAGGAAGGCGAAUCUAUUGCUGUCCGUGGAUCAUACAGCUACGUCGCACCCGAUGGUGUCACCUACACCGUCACCUACAUCGCUGACCAAAACGGUUUCCAACCACAAGGUGCUCAUUUGCCAGUUGGUCCCGAAAUCAAGUAAAUAAAUUGAUCUUGCCAUCACAACUAGGACAUAGUUCGCCGUUGAAGUUCACUGACUGAUAGUUUUGUAUCAAUUGGUUGCUCGACAAUUGUAAACUUGUUUAAUUAAUGCCAUUCUGAUUUUAAGGAAACAAUAAACAAAAUAUGCAAAAAAUCUUUUUCUUUUG